GUAUUUAACAAUAACAGUAAUGUUACGUUUGUUAUAUUAAGAUAAGAAUAAUUACAAUAUUGAUAGUCUCGUAAUCUAUCCAGUUGGUGUUUAAAUUUAGCUAUGUUGUAUGUUCGCACAGACGUUAGUUGAAGUGUAAUCUGAUAAUACUUUUUUCAGUUUAGUUGUUUCCCGUGAACAGUUGUUCUUUUAGUAAUUUCAUAAUGUUUCAAAACGAAUUUCAGCUUUCCGUUUUCAAUAGCGAGUUUACUAUUAAUAUUUUGUAAGAAAAUAUAUUUAUACUUAGAAUCGUAACGCAUUGAUAAAAUAGUUGUGCAGGUAAAGCCAAAUAUUUUGAUAGUUGCUGGAAAUCCCUUUUGCUAUUGAAUUCAGUGUUGCAGAAACGAUGAGCUCUAGAAGCAUUUAUGGAAACAACCAUUAACUUUUCAUCAGAACAAUUGUGGAUCAGAUUAUUUGGACUAACAUUUUAUUUGUAGGGUAUAAUGCUUUUUUUAGGCAAAUGCUUUAAUCUUGAUUUCUGCAGCAGUCAGCAACAUUAUUUAAAUGUAUACUUUUUACUUUACAGCACAAUACUAUGCACAUGUACUUUAAAUGAUAAAAUCCUUACAUAAUAAUAACUCAGAUUUUCUCUCUCUCUGUCCAAGCAUUUUUAGAAGGCAUAUGGUGUUCAGUUUCUCUGAUACUUUUUUUGGCUGUUCGUCUUGGGGUAUUUAAUGGGAAAAUUCCACAUAUUUGUUCUUCAAACAAACUUCAGAAAUCUCCCCUUGACAGUUUUCAUAUUUACUGUAUUGGACACCAAACUUAAUUCUUACCCACUAAGUGGCAGACAUGAACUGGUUGAUAGUUUUGAGAUGUAUUUUAGUUUCAGUAUUUGAGUUUUGAUUUUGGUUGACAACAGCUGGGGAGGAGGCUGGAACAAAGAUGAUGCACAGAAGGAAAAGUCCCUUCAAUACCACCACGUAGAACAGUUCAGCUCUGUGUUUAUCUGGUAUUUAAAGACAAUGACCUCUCCUUGGGGAAAAUUGGCUGAUAGUUUUUUGUGUCACAAUUUAGCGACUUGAAAGUAGGAAGUAUUUAACAAAAGGAUGAUAUAUCCAUAUCCAUCUAUAUUUUCGUGACAACAACCUUUUCUGGCAGUUGGUUUUAUAAGUUGUUUCUGCCAGUAUUAUAUAUUUACUAGUUAUUCAAACAAGAUAUUUUUGAACUCCUCCAUAUAUUCAAAGAAUAAAAAUAAUUAUAGUUAAUAAUAUAUUAAAAUUGGUCGCAUAAUAAUUGGGGGUAAAAAUGUUGUGAUUGUUGUGAAUGUUGUAUUUUUGCAGUUUGUUAGCAAGCUAAAUAUGCUGGAGGCAGUGGGGUCAUCUGUAGAGGGUCGUUCUAACACUAAAACAUCAAAAGAAUGGAAACACUUUAAUCUUGCAUCAUCAAAGACGUCAGUAUCCCGCCAAACUGAUAUGUAAAAUAGCUUCUCUAAGGCUAUGUCAGCAAUACUUGUAUUUGCUGUGUACCAUUCUGUUACAACAUUUUCGGUUCAAUACAUACAGUGAAAUGAAUAAACCCGUAUUUUGACACUAGAGAAACCUAUAUCCUCAAGUAGAUGUUCAACACAAAACAUUAUGUUAAUUGUGGCCGUGAGUUGGCUAGAGCAAGUGCUGGAAAGCCUGAAGACCCAUGUCCCAUGUCACUUAAAUCAGUAUUUAGGGAAUAUUUUGGUUUCUACUAUGGAUUAUUAUUUUAUUGUUAUUAUUAUUAUUAAUAAUAAUAAUGAAGAAGAAGGGAGGCAGUGUGUGGCUCAAGCCUCUGUGCCUGUUCUUGAGCAAGACCUUAACCCCCUGCUCCCUCGGUGCCACAACAGGUGGCUGCCCUUCACAGCCAGUUUGUUGUCAUCAACAGAGAGCAAGUUGGGGGAGUCAUAAAGAGAAUUUCCCCACAGAGAUCAAUAAAGUAUUAUUAUUAUUAUAAGACCAGGUCUGUCGCCUCUGUUGUGCUGAACUCAGAUAUGAUGCUGGAAACAUCUAAAAUGCCCAAUGAUUUGGGACGAAUGUGUGUAGUACUGAAGCAAAGCAGAAGCAGCACCUGCAAGUUAGUCUUUCUAUGGCUUUUGAAGCACUUCUGCCAGGAAAGUCAGUGAAAAUAAGCAUCUCUUGGGUAUUGUUAUUGCGACACAUCAACAGACACUUUGCCGUUUGUUUUCUUUAUAACUGUUACGAAUUGUUUGCUGUUUUAGUAACAAACAGUUUCAAGAUAAAUUCCUUACUGUACCAAAAUUGUAAAAAACACUGAAAUGUGUAUGAAAUCAUGAAUUUUGUGUACUUACAUCCCUAGAUUCUCUCCACUGUGUAAAGUUUAAAGAAAUACCUCUGUUUUUUUUAAUAGUGCAUUUGCAAAAACCCUGUGUUUUGACCCACCUAAUCCAUUAGUUGAAUGCCUGAUCACACAGUUAAUAAUUUAUCACCAUAAUAUUUUUUGCAGCCCUUGUUGCUAUAUACAUUUUUCUGCAAGAAACAUAAAUCAGCUCGGUGCUAAAAAUGAAGCUAAUUGGUUUGACAGAUGACAUGGGCAGUAUAUGGUAUAUAUUCAGAAACAACUGGUAUUUCCCAGUCAGUUUGAAAUUUUGUCACUGUGAAACCAUUGUAAGAACAAUUUCAAUAACAUUAAGAAAUUAGUGCAACACAUGCAAUGCCCUCCACAAUUAUUGGCACCCCUUUUAAAGAUUUGUAAAAAGGGUUAGAAAAAAUUCACCUUUUGGUGAAGCCGCUUUAUGUCACACUGAAAAUUCAGAAAAAUCCAACCUUUCAUUAACAUAAAUUUAUUCCAAGAAAAAAAAAUCAUUCAUCAUAAAUAAUUAUCUUUAACAAAAACACAUGUGCCAUGAUUAUUGGCACCCCUGGAAAUUAUAGUGAACACAAUGUAACUGAAGCAUGUUUCCCUUGUAAAUUGUACAUUUUUCAAUUCAGUGGAUUGAAUAGGAACAUUCAAGCUAUAACCCAUGAAUUGCUGGUUAACAGGGAUAUGGACAUGAGGUGACACAGACCUCAAAUUCUCAUAGUCAUCCAUCAACAUGGGAAAGAUAAGAGAACAUACAAACCAAAUGAGGGAGAAGUGUGUUGAGCUUCAUAAGUCAGGGAAUGGGUAUUAAAAAUAGCUACGUGCCUUUCUACUUUUUCUAUGCCCGUAUCUACUGUUAGUGCAAUAAUAAAAAGUGGACAACUGAAACUGUUACAAACCUGCCUGGAAAAGAACCCAAGUUUAUUUUCCCCCCACAUACAGUGAGAAGGAUCAUAAGAGAGGCAAACAAACAUCCCCAAGGAUGACUACUGGUGAAUUUCAAGACCAAGUAAAAUCUUGGGGUUACCACAUCUCUGAAAAGACUUUCAGACACCCCUUCAUGCUAAACAGAUUAUUUGCAAGGUAUGCCAGAAGAAGCUUUUUUUCUGUCCGUUAACCACAAACGUGAGCACCUGGAGUUUGUGAAACACUACUACAACUUUGACUGGAACCAAAUUAAAUGGUCUGAUGAAACAAGAAUGGAGCUUUUUGGCAAUAAACAUAAGGUCAUGUCAGCAGGCCGGAAUGUGGAUGUGCCAGAGCUACAGAUCCCUCCCCAACCCCGUGCUCCUUCAAUUGUCCAGAGACCCUGGACUGAGCCUGGAUUUCAGCCUCUGCAGGGAGGUUUCAGGGAUCACUUUGUUUUCCCUCCAGAGCCAAAGUACUGCUGUGAGGCAUGUCACUUAGUAUUGUGUAACCCAAGACAAACCGAGUGUGGACACCGUUUUUGUGAGACCUGCAUUUCCAAAGAGCUAAGUAAACCACAUCCAGUUUGUCCUGCAGAUAUGGAACCUUUAUUUGAAGACAAGAUAUUUCGGGAUGUAUGCUGUAACCGAGAAAUUAUGGCACUGAAGGUCUACUGCCGGAGUGAGAAAAAUGGCUGCAAAGAGCAAAUGACUCUACAACAGGUCAUGGAUCAUUUGAAUGUAUGUCCAUAUUUUGAGGUUCCAUGUCCUUUGGGAAAAUGUAAAGAGCAAAUGAUGCGCAAGGACAUGCCUGAGCACCUGGCCAGAAAGUGUAAAUACAGAGAGUCUACCUGUGAAUUCUGCAAACACAAGAUGGCUCUAACAGAAAUAGAGAAACACAAAGAAACUGUUUGUCCUGCAUUUCCAGUACAUUGCCCCAAUAAUUGUGCUUCUUCUAUACUACGGAGUGAGCUCUCCAGCCACCAACAUGAAUGUCCAAAGGCACAGGUUUCUUGUGCCUUUAAUCGCUUUGGAUGCACAUUUAAGGGUCUCAACCAGGAGAUGAAAGACCAUGAUUCCAGCUUUGUAUCAGAACAUCUCCUACUGAUGGCAACCAGAAAUGCAACUCUUGAGGCAAAAGUAGAGGACAUAAAAGGAGAGCUCCAGGAACGAUAUAAAGUCCUACCAAGUAUGAAUUCACGGCUGCUGGAAAUGGAAUCCCUUCAUGAGGACAUGCGGGAGAAGAUCAGACAGGUGGAGCAGAAACUGUCUGGCAUGCAGAAGGUAAUGAGUUCACAUUCCGAGAAGGUACUGGAGAUAGAGCUGGACCUGAAUUCACUGCGGUUAGUUCAGGACGAGGUGGAGACUCUGCGAAGUACUGUGGAGAACAUUCGCUCGCGUGUAAAUGCUUUGGAGACGGGACGAGGGGGUCCCAGCACUGGAACACAACUUUUAGGCUCUUUGGAAAAUCAGCUGUCUCGUCAUGAUGACUUGCUCAGUGUACAUGAGAUUCGCCUGGCUGACAUGGAUUUACGGUUCCAGGUGCUGGAAACAGCCAGCUACAAUGGUACACUUAUAUGGAAAAUCAGGGACUAUAAACGGCGGAAGCAGGAAGCUGUAGCAUCCAAGACACUCUCCCUCUACAGCCAACCAUUUUAUACUGGCUACUUUGGUUACAAAAUGUGUGCUAGGGUAUAUCUCAAUGGUGAUGGCAUGGGCAAGGGCACACACUUAUCGCUUUUCUUUGUGGUGAUGCGUGGAGAAUAUGAUGCCCUACUUCCUUGGCCGUUCAAACAGAAAGUGACACUUAUGUUAAUGGACCAAGGACCAGCUCGAAAACACCUUGGUGAUGCCUUUAAGCCAGACCCGAACAGCAGCAGUUUCCGGCGUCCAGUAGCUGAGAUGAAUAUUGCAUCAGGAUGCCCUCUCUUUGUCGCCCAGACCGUUCUUGAGAAUGGCACAUACAUCAAGGAGGACACCAUUUUCAUUAAGGUCACAGUAGACACCUCAGACCUCCCUGACCCAUGAUGUUAAUCCAUCAAAUGGGUGCAGUUAGUAUAACGCUGUCAGAGUGAAGACUGCAUAUGAAAAUGAAGUGUGAACAUGGACUCUAAAAUGGCAAGAGUAGGAGCAAGCCUGCAGGUAGCUUCUGAACUGUCAGUACUUUGUAUUUGGAUGAACUGCAUCCAUCACAAAUGAAAGAGCAGUUUAUUAACAAGGAUUAACAUAACUGUUAUGCAAGUACGCAUUCAUCUUUUAAAGCGAUACGUGCAGCAAUCAACAACAACAACAACAACAAAUUUAUUUUUAUAUAGCGCAUUAUCACAACAUUACAUUGUCUCAAAGCGCUUUACAGUAUCCUCACCCAAAGCCCCCAAUCGAUUGUUGUAGCAGCGUAUUUUAUGUGCAUUUGCGCCGAUAUGAAUUAUGAUAUGCUAAUUUCUACUUCAUUUGCGGUAUAGAGGUUAAAGUACACAGUAAUUUCUCAUCAUAUCGGUGCAAAUGCACAUAAAAUACGUGCUGUUACAUUAACAUAUUGCUUUUAAAGGUGAAUGCAUACUUGCAUAUCAGUUAUGUCAGUCAUUGUUUAUUAACAUCAUUGGAUGUUUGGAAGGUGAAUGUGAGCUGAUCUGUAACAAAGAAUUCAAUGUUUCAGGUUUAUUUCUGAGAAAGACUCUUUAUGCAGAUUGUUAGGUGCUUGUAAAUGGAACAUGAUCCUGCCCUGAAAUUUUGGUAGAUAUGAAAAUCACAAACACAAUUCCAUGUGUGAAUAUCAGAUGUGGAGUAUCUUCAUACCUCAAUGGAUAAAUGGGAGAUUGAUUUUAUUUGCAAAUUACGCAUUUUAAUAAAUUUAAUAAACACAUUGGUGUACAUAUUAGUUUAAAUAGUGCAGUUUGCAUAUAUUUUAUUUUAUAGUAGGUUCAACAUUUUUCAUCCAGUUAAUGGUAGUGUAAUUUUGUGACCAAUAAACUGCCAUGUUCUGUUUUGUACUUGAUGGUAAUGAAAUAUUGCAUAACAUUAAAAGACAAUAGAUGCUGUGCAUCUAUUUUAUUACACAAUUUACUCCAGAGGAUGUUUUCAGCACUUUUCAAAUGUAUUACACAAAAUAAAAAUUCAGCAACAUUUUUAUUUAAA